AUGGUCAGUAAUUUCUAUUGCUUCGAGACAGUUCUGAAACCACAUGAGAAAAUACCGACAUCUAUUGAUCUUAGUGUUGAGCAUGCAGUUGUGUUUGCUUUGAAGAUUGGCAAGUCAUUAUCUGAUAACACAAAUUAUGCCGCUCAGAAUGAGAUUUCACUGAUCAUUAAGAGGCCUGAAAUAGAAAUCCCUGGUAAGACUCCGAACUUCGAAUCUGAUUCUGUCAUUUUCAUGAAGAUUCUUAAGAAUCUCACCAUCAAGGCUACAAACGAUUCAUCCAGCGUAGGUAAGAUAGUGAUGCCUGACAUGAAACUUUUGUUCUGGUGGUCAUGGAAUGAAGAGGAUGUUGGCAGAGUUCAAUCGUGUCGAGAUGCGAAGCCUUCAGUUGGUGAAGGCAAAGCAUCAGCCCGACCAGGUGGACUGUUGCAGUCGUGCCUGAUCCCUGAGUGGAAGUGGCGAAGAAG